AGACUUUUAGCUGACUUGGUUUUUAUCAAAACGCUCCCCUUUUUUGGUACAAGAGUAUCCAGAUCACUUCACUUCACUUCCUUCAAGGGGUUAUGAUGCAAAGAUAUCCUUUUGGGAAGAAAAAAGAUGAAUUUGAGAAGAAGGUGUUUUCAUGGUCUGUUAAUGACAUUCUCAAUGCGGAUCUCUAUAGACACCAGGUGGAGAUUAUACCACUCACGUUUCGAUCUGAAGAACACUAUGCUGGUUCUUUUGUUUAUCCUUUGCUAGAGGAAACACGUGCUGAAUUGGCUUCUUCUAUGAAGAUAAUUUAUAGAGCUCCAUAUGCUGAAAUUUUUUCUCUAAAUGAGACUAAAGAUGAUGGAAAAAUGAUGUAUAAGGUUACUGUUGGUAACUGGAGGAACAGAUUUAAUGAACGUGGCAACGAGCCUUACCGAACAUUACCCAGUGAUCUGCUUAUUUUAGCAGAUGGAAAACCAGAAUCCGCUUCUGAUUUACAGCGUGUGGGAAGAACAUGCGUUUUUUCGUUCGUUAACAAAAUCAGUGAGGAUGGUGAUGAUAGUACAUCAAAUUCUUUUGAAGUUAAAACUUCACAAAAAAUAGAAUUCCAGGAUGGCAUGUUUGCUAUUUUCUUGAUGAAUAUUACAACCAACAAAAGAAUCUGGAAUUCAUUGCACAUGCAUCUAAAUACGAAUGUCAUCAAAGAGGUUCUAUACUCUGAUUCUAUGGUUAAGGAAUGCUGCAAUAUCUGUUCUUUGGAUAGCUAUAUUUCUCGAAAGUUUGAUCCACAUCUUUUGGAUCAUGAGCUGAAUGAAUCCCAGGCGAGGGCAAUUAGGGUAGCCCUUUGUAAAACGGAAUGUUGCCAUAGUUCUUUUGUGGAACAGAUAUGGGGACCUCCUGGAACAGGGAAAACGACAACUGUAAGUGUGUUGUUAUUUAUUCUUUUGAAAAUGAACCGUAGGACACUCACGUGUACUCCAACGAAUGUUGCUAUUGUACAAGUAGCUUCACGUGUGCUAAAUCUGGUAAAGGGGUCAUUCAAGACUACAACUGCAAGAGGUGAUAUUUUUUAUUGUAUUGGGGAUGUACUUUUGCUUGGCAACAAGCAAAGGUUGAAAGUUGGUACAGAGAUUGAAGACAUCUAUCUGGAAAAUCGUGUUAAGAAGCUUACAGAGUGCCUUGGGACUUUGACUGGUUGGAAGCAUUGUAUAAGAUCUAUGAUUGAUUUACUUGACAAUUUUCUUUCUCAAUAUCAUGUUUUUGUGGACAACGAAUUGUUCAAAGAAAAACAACUUGCAGCUGAAAAUACAAAUGAAACUAAAGCUACUAAGUUCGAAGUAAAAUCAUUCAUUGACUUUGUGCGUGAUCGAUUCAGUUCAUGUGUGCAGCUACUCAGGAGAUGCAUCUUAACAUUCUUGACUCACAUUUCAAGAAGUUUCAUGGGCGAACGUAAUUUCCAAAAUAUGGUCUCUCUUUUGGAUGAUUUAAGUUUCUUUGAAUUACUGUUGUUUGAAGAAAAACUGGUUUCUGAAGAGCUUGAGCAGCUUUUCACUUCGGGGAAUAUGUCGUCAAUUAAUUUGUUUAGAGUGAAGUCUCUAUCUGUUCUAAGAACUUUGCAAAUAUCUCUUGAAGGACUUGGUCUUCCAAGUGUUUCUAAAAGAUUUGCGAUAGAGCAGUUCUGUUUUCAAAAUGCUUCCCUUUUAUUCUGCACAACUUCUACUUCCUACAAGUUGCGCCAUGCUGCUAAAAUGAAGCCUUUGGAGGUCUUGGUUAUAGAUGAAGCCGCCCAGUUAAAAGAGGCUGAAUCCAUCAUUCCUCUUCAUCUUCCUGCGAUAAAACAUGCUAUUCUCAUUGGAGAUGAGUGCCAAUUACCUGCAAUGGUUUCAAGCAGUGUAUGUAGUGAAUGUGAAUUUGGAAGAAGCCUAUUUGGCAGACUGAGUUCUUUGGGGCAUUCUAAGCAUUUACUUGAGGAGCAGUACAGGAUGCAUCCUUCCAUUAGUUUUUUCCCAAAUUGGUAUUUCUAUGAAAAUAAGAUUCGAGAUGCAGAAAAUGUGAUGUGUGAAAGUUAUAGAAAGAAAUAUCUUUCAGGACCAAUGUUUGGUUCAUAUUCAUUUAUAAAUGUUGUUGGUGGGAGAGAAGAAAAAGAUGAGGAUGAACGGAGCCUAAGAAAUAUGGUUGAGGUAGCUAUAGUGGUUAAGAUUGUACAAAAUCUCUUUAAAGCAUGGCAUAACUCAAGGAAGAGGCUUUCUAUAGGUGUUGUAUCUCCUUAUGCUGCCCAAGUUGAUUCCAUUCAAGAAAAACUUGGUCACGGAUAUGAGAAACGUGAUGGAUUCUUUGUAACGGUGAACACUAUUGAUGGGUUUCAAGGUGGAGAAGAAGAUAUUAUUAUCCUAUCAACAGUGAGAUCUAAUGGUCAUGGGGGUGUUGGCUUUUUGACUAGUGAUCAGAGGACUAAUGUAGCCUUGACUAGAGCACGACACUGUCUCUGGAUAUUGGGAAAUGAAAGAACCCUCAGUAAUAGUGAUUGUGUAUGGAAAGAAUUAGUCUGUGAUGCAAGGAAUCGUGGUUGUUUGUUUGAUGCUGAUGCUGAUAAAUGCUUGAAGAUGACGAUCAUAUAUGCAAAGAAAGAGCUAGACCAACUUGAUGAUCUAGUUAACGGAAAGAGUGUUCAUUUUAAACAUGAAAAAUGGAAGGUUCUCUUCAGUGACGAUUUCAGAAAAUCGUUUGGAAAACUGACAUUUCACUUGAAGAAAGCAGUUAUAAACCGUUUACUAACACUUUCUGGUGGUUGGCGCCCUAAGAAUAGAAGUGUAGAUGUUUGUCACGAAAGUUCUUCAAAACUUCUGAAAAAAAUUAAGGUUGAAGGUCUGUAUGUUAUUUACUCAGUUGAUAUCAUGAAGGAAGCCAAAUACAUACAAGUUAUAAAGGUCUGGGAUAUAUUACCCUGGGAGGAGAUUUCCGAACUCACAAUACGAAUUGAGAGCAUAUUUUCAGCCUACUACACAGAUGAUUGUAUAAAUCGUUGCACAACAAAAUGUGUGAAAGGGAACCUUGAAGUGCCUAAAGAAUGGCCGGCAUCCAAAGAAUUUAUCAAAUUUCGUUAUUUAAGCAACCAUGAGGGUGACUGUGAAGCGAGUGUGAAUCCUGGUGAUGGUAGAAAUUAUGAACAAAACUCAAAAGUGAAUGAAAGCUUAUUGCUUAUGAAGUUCUACUCAUUGUCACCAGGGGUGGUGAGCCAUUUGCUUUCUGGUAAAGAAUUUGACCUCCCGAUGCAAGUCAGUGAUGAACAAAUGGAUAUAAUUCUAUUUUGCAAAAGUUCCUUCAUAAUUGGGCGAUCAGGACCUGAGAAAACCACCAUUUUGACAAUGAAAUUGUUCCAAAAUGAACAAAAUUUGCGUGUUAUCUCUAAAGGGAUUAAUGAAUCAAAAAGUGGCAAACCGAGUCUUCUCCGCCAGCUUUUUGUGACAGUCAACCCAAAAUUGUGUUAUGCUGUGAAGCAAGAUAUUUCCCACCUUACAAGUAUUUCAAGUCGUGGAAACUCGUUUGAAGAGAUCAAUCUUGAGGACACAUAUUUUACUUCAGAUUUCAAUGAUAUACCAGACACAUUUGUUGAAAUUCCCAUGAAUAAGUAUCCUCUUGUUAUAACAUUCCGAAAGUUUCUAAUAAUGUUGGAUGGCACAUUGGGGAGUUCUUAUUUUGAAAUAUUUCUUGAGGCAAAGGAAGGUUCUCAAAAUAACCAUAUAAGUUCCGGAUCUGUUGCAUUGCAAACUUUCAUAAGAUUAAAGGAGGUUACAUUUGAUAGGUUUUGUUCACUUUACUGGCCUCACUUCAAUUCAAGUCAUAAGAAGAAACUUGAUCCCUUUCGAGUAUUCACCGAAAUAAUAUCUUGUAUAAAAGGGGGCAUGCAAGUAGGGGAAUGCAAUGAUGGUAAUCUGAGCUUUGAGGGUUAUUGUUUAUUGGCUGCAAGUCGUUUUUCCACUUUAACUAAACAUAAAAGAGAGAAUGUUUACUCCCUCUUUCAAGCCUACGAAAGUAUGAAAACCAAACGUGGAGAAUUCGACUUGGGCGAUUUAGUAAAUGACCUUCAUCACCGGCUUAAAAUUGCAAAUUAUAAAGGUGACCAAAUGGAUUUCAUUUACAUCGAUGAAAUUCAAGAUCUUAGCAUGAAGCAAAUAUCUCUUUUUAAAUAUAUUUGCCAAAAUGUUGAUAAGGGUUUUACUUUUGCUGGUGAUACUGCACAAACAAUUGCAAGAGACAUUAAUUUUAGGUUUCAAGAUAUUCGGUCACUCUUCUAUAAGGAAUUUUUAACCUCAAGAACAACUCGAAAACAAAAUAAAGGUUUUGUAUCUGAGAUUUUUCAGUUAAAACAGAAUUUCAGAACUCACGCGAGCGUUCUUAAAUUAGCUCAAAGUGUCAUUGACAUUGUGUACUGGUACUUUGCUCACUCAAUUGAUAUAUUGGAGCCUGAGAUUAGUCUUAUUAACGGAGAAGCUCCUGUUUUGCUUGAGUCCGUAAAUGAUGAAAAUGCUAUUGUGACAAUCUUUGGUGGUAGUGGUAGAGAAGUUGCUUUUGGUGCUGAACAGGUUAUUCUUGUCCGUGAUGAUAUUACGAAAACUGAGGUUUGUGAAUAUAUUGGAAAACAUGCUCUUGUUCUCACUAUAAUGGAGUGUAAAGGUCUUGAGUUUCAGGAUGUGUUACUCUAUAACUUUUUUGAGACAUCCCCUUUCAAAGACCGAUGGAAAGUUAUAUAUGAAUACAUGAAGGAACGAGAUUGGCUGGAUGAGAAGCUUCCUCAAUCAUUCCCCAAUUUCAGUGAGUCAAGACAUAGUGUCUUAUGUUCGGAGUUGAAAUUAUUGUACAUGGCUAUCACUAGGACUAGACAAAGGCUAUGGAUAUGUGAGAAUAAGGAGGAGCUAUCCAAGCCAAUGUUUGACUACUGGAAAAGACGGGGACUUGUUCAGAUAAGAAAGUUGGAUGAUUCAAUGGCACAUGCAAUGAGAGUUGCAAGCAGCCCUCAAGAAUGGAGGGAGCGGGGCAAAAUGCUGUUUUAUGAGAGUAAUUUUGCGAUGGCAACAAUGUGCUUUGAAAGAGCUGGGGACACAACGUGGGAGACUUUAGCCAAAGCUUCUGAUCUAAGAGCAUCUGGUGAUCACAUGCGAGAAAUUUAUCCUGAAGCUUUUCUAGGUUAUGUUAGAGAAGCAGCAGGGAUGUUUGAAUCUAUUGGGAAACUUGAGUCUGCGGCAUCUUGUUAUUGUGAUUUGGGGGAGUAUGAAACAGCUGGAAAAAUCUAUUUGUACAAGUGUGGAAAGAUGGAUGCAGCAGCAGAAUGUUUCACUCUAGCGGGGUGCUAUAGUGAUGCAGCCGAAGCCUAUGCAAAAGGAGAGAAGCUUUCCAAGUGUUUGUCUGUUUGCAAAAAAGGGAAACUAUUUGACAAAGGGUUGCAAUAUAUAGUACAGAAAAAGCAUGUUAAUGUUCAAAGUAAAGAAAUGGAACUGAUUGGACAAGAAUUCUUGGAGAGUUGUGCUCUCUAUUACCACAAGCAUAAAGAUCCUAAUUCCAUGAUGAAAUUCGUCCGAGCCUUUUGUUCUGUAGAAUCUAAACGUGUGUUCUUGAGGUCAUUAGGAUGCCUCGAUCACCUUUUGCUGUUGGAAGAAGAACUAGGUCAUUUUCUAGAUGCUGCUGAGCUGGCUAGGUCAUGGGGCGAUAUUGUAAAAGAGGCUGAUCUUUUAGAGAAGGCUGGACAUUUUAUAGCACCAUCGGUUCUGUUACUUUGGUAUGUGUUCUUUAGCUCUCUAUGGGGAAACGGAAACAAAGGUUGGCCCGCGAAGCAGUUUGCCCGGAAGGAAGAACUUUGCAGAAAAGCCAAGUCGCUUGCAAAAACUCAUUCAGACGCUUUAUAUGAAUUUGUUUGUUGUGAGCUUAAAUUAUUCUCUGAUCAGCACUUUAGCUUGCUCGAGCUCAAAACGGAUUUGCAUGUUUCCCAGAGAAACAAGAGCUUAAGGGGAGAAAUCUUUUUGAUUAGAAAGAUUGUGGAUUCUCAUAUUUGUUUGAAUUCCUCAAAGUAUGACUGGGAGGACGAAUUACCGGUUGAUAUUAAUAAGCAUUGUGAGGACAAGACUUUUCAGAACCGGGUUUCUGUUAGAACUCUGGUUUUUUACUGGAAUGCAUGGAAGGAAAAUGUUCUAGGUAUUUUCUCAUGUCUUGAAAGAUUCCACAAAGAAGAACCAAAUCAAUAUGAGGCGCGUGUUGAUUUUCUUUUUAAUUAUUUUGGGGUGAGGAAGGAGUGUGUAAACGGCAAUAUUGUUUACAUUUUGGUCGAUGAGCUUGCUGAUUGGAUAGAAAACUCCAAUCAAAAGGGUCUUCAGAGGGACGGGAAGCUUUUAACUAUCGAUAUCAAAGAUUUGGUGUUUUCUAUGAGGUCUUAUUGGCAGUCUGAAUUAAUCUCUGUGGGUAUAGAGGUGCUUGAAACUCUUGAACGUCUGCUGCAUAAGUCAAAGUCAAAUGGUUCUGCAUUUCAUCAUAGCACAUCUCUCCUUCACAUUUUUGAGGUUUCCAAGUUUCUUUUGGACUUCCAAUAUGUUAACCCCAAAGAUACGAAGAAGCUGGAAAGAUUCAUACGGAUUUCUUCAACUUAUUUUGAACUUGUAUUUCCAUUAGACUGGCGAAGAUCAGUCUCUAAAGAUUUGAUUUCAUUAAGGGAGACUGAUCUAUCUCUUAACUUGCUUGAGGAGAUUCUCCGCCAAAAUGUUGACAACAAGGGUGACAUCACUAACUGGGCAAUUGGGAGAGUGAUGAUGAUAUGUCUUGGUUCUAGAAAACCCGUAGCACUUUAUGAGCAUAUAAUUACACGAAUUCAACGGAAUCCUCCAUGGAAGUCAUUUUUUAAGAUAUUUAUGGAUGAUAGUUUUGAUGAUGAUUCUGUUGCUCAAGCAUUGCUGGGUGCUUUGGGAGCUAAUUAUACAUCCAAUUGGAGAUCUUCCAGAAGCAUAUCACCUCACAGUUUUGUGUAUCUCUUGGAAAGUCUUCUUGUCAUGACAUCAUUCUCUUCAAGGAUCUUUUUCACUACAAAAUCUUCUUUUGUUGGAUGGUUUACGCACAUUCACUCUACUUCAACGUAUUUGGCACCCAAACAGAUCAUUCCAGGUUAUGCAGUACGCUAUAUUGUUGGAAUGAUUGAACAAAUUCUCUUCAACAACAAUGAUAUUUUAUCAUGGAUUCAAAGAUCACAUAUAGAUUCCUCUUAUUACCAUCCAUUAUUAUCAUUGAAGCUGGUCAUGAUGCUGUCUAUAAUUUGUCUGCAAGUAUCAGAUUACUCUCGAGUAUUACUUGAUUUGCUGGUGGGAGAAAGUAAUAUUGCUUAUUUGCUUCCAAAGAAGUUUGCGUAUUAUCUUUUGAAGAGAAGAAAGGGUCAUAACUUGAACUUGAAUCCAGAUGUGGUUGCAGAAGCGUUUGCGAGCAUAGAAGAUCCUCUCCUGAUUGUGUACUCGGGAAAUGCAAGUCCAGGAAUCCAUGCUCCUUAUGCUAUAUUUGUGGACCCUAGGAGAUCUAAAAAGGAGAUAUUGAAUGUUUUGUUCCAAAGACACACUCCAAUUUAUGUUCAAAAACCAUCAGACAAUGAUGAUUGUGGGAAGAUUCAUGAGACAUCGUCGUCAAACCCGCGACUGGAUGAAAAUCUGAAUGCGAAUCCUGUGAAACUGCAGAUGAAUUGGCAAGUUCUUGAAGAUAUAGCGGAAGCUUUUAAUGGGACACGGGGACUGGGACUUAACACCUCUAUGAUAAAGAAAGAAUUGAAUAAAAUUAAAGGCACGUUCGCUACUGCCCUUGCGGAUAAAAAGUUAUGUGCUGGCAAAGAUGCAACAGUUGUACAUGAAGCAAAUGUUGAUCUGAAGCUGCUAUCUUCUUCUCUGAUCUAUUCCAUUCAGAAAAUUAGAGAGCAUUCGCUUUUCAUGAAGACGGUGCAAGGGUUUGUGGAAAGGCUGCAAAGUAGAAGGCCAAAGAUAGAUGAUUUCUUGAAUCGUUAUGUCAUGAGUCGGGAAUCGGAGAUUGGGCAAAUGGUAGCGUCAAAGAGCAGUAGCACAGCUGAGAUUGGAGAAACGAGUGAGGAGAAUAAUCAUGUCAAAGAAACAGGUGAAGGUAGCAACACUCAGGAUCCAGAAAACAAGAAAGGGAAGAAUAAGAGGAAUAGAAGGAACAAAGAUAAGAAGAGAUUAUGCGAAUCACAUGGUACAUGAAAGAUCAUUCUCGGAAUAUGUAGGCUUGUCGCAAGUUUUUGGCCUAUUGUAUCUAUACUAGAUUUCCUCUACACUUUUACGCUUAGGAAGGAUAUGAUCAAACUAUGUUUGCAUAGAGUAACCGGAAAUAAAUCUUUUAUCGCUAAAGCUUUGAUAUAUGAAAGAUACAUGUUGCUUUAACA